AUGGCGACGUUCACUCUGGAUCAAGUGCAGAAGCACAACACCGCUGACGACCUCUGGAUCGUCCUCCAUAACAAAGUCUACAAUAUCACCAAGUAUAUAGAAGACCAUCCCGGUGGAAAGGAAGUCCUCAUUGAAGUUGCCGGCAGCGAUGCCACUGAAGCUUUUGAAGAAAUUGGCCACUCGGAUGAGGCGCGCGAGCAGCUAGAGCCCUACUUUGUUGGCGAUCUGCCUUCUGAGGAACAAACCGAAACUGUGGAGAUCUACCGUCCAACCUUUGAACAGGUGUCACAGUCCGCUGCUAUCGACGUGAAGAAGACCUCAUGGGGAUCCAUCCUGCGCACGGCAAGCAAACUGGGACUUGGCGGCCUCAUCGGCACAGCCGUCGUAACAGCCUAUAACCGGGGCAUGACGCCCUCACAGGCCCUCCAGGUCGUGCAAUCGGCGCUCUCCUUCAUCCAACUGCCACGCGGCACUGGUAGCGAUGGCAGCAGCCACUUCUGGCUAGGUGCAGGCAUCUCCAGCAUCGUUCAAUUCUCCGCCACAGUCGGCCUGGGCCUAUGGGCGUCGACGAAGCUGGAUGUACAGCAGGAGUUCACACACUACGCACCACACCGACCAUCCAAGUCAGCACAUCUGAUGCGUCUCCCCAAGACAGUCACCACCAUCUCGAGGCCGAAACCUCUCGACCCGCGACAAUGGCGACCCUUCACCUUGACCCAGAAGACAGAGAUCGCCCCGCACGUAUACCACAUCGUGUUUGCCCUGCCAAACCCCGACAGCAUCCUAGGCCUCCCAACAGGACAGCACAUUGCCCUACGUGCAACAAUCAACGGCACCAGCGUCGCACGCUCAUACACCCCUGUAUCAAACAACAACGACCGCGGCCGCAUCGAGCUCCUCGUGAAAGUCUACCCACAGGGCGCAAUGACACAGCACCUAGCGCAGAUGAAAGUGGGCGAUACCAUCGAGAUCCGCGGCCCCAAGGGUGCCAUGCAGUACUCCCCGCGGUAUGCCAAACACAUCGGCAUGAUUGCCGGCGGAACCGGCAUCACCCCUAUGUACCAGCUUAUCCGCGCCAUCUGCGAGGAUCCGACAGACACUGAUACGCGCGUCUCACUUCUGUAUGCUAACAACACCGAGGAGGACAUUUCGCUUCGCGCAGAGCUUGACAAAUUUGCCCGCGAUCAUCCGGAUAGGUUUCAGGUGCAUUAUGUGCUCAGUAAGCCUGGGGAUGAUUGGACAGGCUACCGGGGCUUUGUGACUGCGGAGAUGAUUCAGAAGCAUUUGCCUAUUGCUGGACCGGACAGUAAAAUGUUGCUGUGUGGGCCGCCGCCCAUGGUGGGGGCUAUGAAGAAGGCGUUGUUGGGUUUGGGAUGGACUAUGCCGGGCGCGGUGGCGAGGGCUGGAGAUCAAGUGUUUUUGUUCUAG